UUGAAAAUUGCUAACAAUCAUUUCCUGUACAGAGAACUUCAUGACGGGAUAUCGGAUGGUGUUUGAUAGAGAAAACCUGAACCUGGGUUGGUCGCUGUCUGACUGUCAAGACCUUACUGAUAGUAAUAGACUGCCAAUGACACCAGCAAAUGGUAGUUCGCCAAACUCACUGCCAACAGAGCUGCAGAAUUCCCCUAAUAGCUCCGGAGUUACACCUGCUGUUGCUGGAAGGACACCUUCAAAAUCUGCAGCACCAACUAAUCGUCGAAUCUCAUUCAAGUUAUGUUUAACGAAUUUGCUGUUUCCAUUGCUGCUCGUGUCAAGUAACUUCCGACAAUCCUUAUAUUCAUUGACCUUAUAAGCCUGAUAAUGGUAAUGGCCUAUAGGUUCAUAAUAUAUGUGUAGUUUUCCUUGUAAAUCCUGUCAUGUGGAGCCGUUUUUGUUUUCUUAUUCCCCAUCCCACCCUCCUCCUUACCUAUUUUUCCCCCUGGUUUAUUGUGAUUUUGUUUAUUAGUCAGAUAGGAUGGGGCUGCUAGAUGAAGAGCUUGUUUUAUGCAUCUUCUAACUUCGGAUGUUUAAUUUCUUAUUCCCUUAUCAGGUGCUGUUAUACAUACAUAAUGCUCAGUGUUGUAUUCCAUUCAUAUGAUUCUAAUAAACUUUGCCUAUUUGCCGCUUUA